UAUGAAAUAGUGCCGAUUUCGAAGCUUUCUGUGUGUGGUUCUAAGAAACACAGUUUUGUAUAUUUUUAACAAAUUGUUCGGUCAUUGCCAUUUUUUGCUUUUAUAACAUAUAAAAUGUCGUUUGUUCGGAAUGCUCGUUAUUUAAUGGGGCGCAGCAUCCAUAAUAUACAAAAGCGCGGAUUUGCUGAUGAGAUGAAACUUACUUUCGCUGCUGCUAAUCAAACAUUUUAUGAUCAAUCGGAGGUUCGUCAGAUUGAUGUUCCUUCAUUCAGCGGAAGUUUUGGUAUACUUGCAAAACACGUACCCACUUUAGCCGUUUUGAAGCCUGGUGUAGUGCAGGUCAUUGAAAACGAUGGAAAAACCUCAAAAUAUUUUGUAUCAAGUGGCUCAAUAACAGUAAAUGAAGAUUCAUCUGUUCAAGUUUUGGCUGAGGAAGCGCAUAAGGUCGAGGAUAUUGACGUUUCUGAGGCGAAACAGCUUUUGUCACAAUAUCAAUCACAACUAAAUUCUGCUUCCAGUGAAGAAGCUAAAGCGGAAGCAGCCAUAGCUAUUGAAUGUGCAGAGGCUCUUGUCCGCGCUGCAGAAUAAAGUCGAUUAUUUUCUCUACAUCGUUAAGGUGAUAGAAAAUGGUAUACAAAAUGAAUAUCUGCUUGAAUGUUCAAACUGAAACUCAUACUUAAAGUUUGAAUAAACUAUAAAAAUGUCGACAUGUGAUGAUUU